AGCUAUAAACUGUAUAAAGAGAUGAAACAAAGAACACAACAAGAAGAAUCAGACAAUGCUUAUAUAGCAUCUAACAACACAAAAGUUGAAGAGGGAAGUUAUAUGGAUGAAAUAUCAUUCUAUAACCCUCAAGAAACAUUAGAAAGCAUGGUCUAG